AUGAAAUCUAACUAUUUAAAAUUCUUAAAUAUCGGAGAAGUGAACCAUCAAGCCAUAAGUUCGUUUGGUCGAAUAAAAUGGGAAAAUAUAAGAUGUUCGUCGGACAGAGAGCUGGCGGUGCCUGAAGGCAAGUUGAUGGACAUAGGGAGGUUUUCCUGGGAUUGGAGUCGUCCAACAUACAUUCUAUCUAGGAGGCAAAACAAGAUUUGCAGUGACGAGUGCAGUGUUGGUGCAUCCAAAGUAUGCGAUUGGGUCCGCCGAAGAAUAUAUCCAGGAUUGAAACCUGACAAAUUAGCGUAA